AGCGCUCUGAUAUAACCAUUCUGCGUCAUUCAGAUGCAAAAUACCGAUGUUCCGAUUCUAAAUACGCAGUAGCUUACCCGUUCUCUUAUAUUUGAUCCGUCGACCCGUCCACAGGGUUCCCUACCUGCGAUUUCGCGAACCCACGUACGACGACGCGGUCGAGCACAUCAAAACAAUUGAAUCCUCCCUAUCCCAGCGCUGGUUAUCGCCACCACAACAGAAGGCGAAAUUCUCGCGGAUAGACUCUACUAUCUGCUGCCAACAUGGCUAUCAUAGAUGUCGCCGAUCAAUACUUUACAUACGAGAGUCGGCUUGCAUCCUUCCAAACAGCACAGCAAGUGUCUAAGAGGAGAACGUCGAACGCGAACUCGAAGGGCCCAAAGUCGACGAAAUGGCCGCACAAAUUUCUAGCUCCGGAAGAGCUCGCAAAAGCAGGUUUCUUCUACUAUCCACUUCAAGCAUAUCCUGAUAAUGUUUCUUGCUUUCUCUGUCACAAUUCCUUAGACGGAUGGGAAAAGGGCGAUGAUCCGCUUGCAGAACAUUUGAAGCACUCACCGGCCUGCGGAUGGGCGAUCGUCGCGACAAUUGAACGGCAGGACGGGGAACUGAGUGAGGAAGACCCUUCAAGCGCCAGGAUGAUCGAGGCACGAAAGGCAACCUUCGCGGAUAAAUGGCCACAUGAGAAUAAGAAGGGAUGGAAAUGUAAAAUCAAGCAGAUGGUGGAUGCUGGAUGGAAAUACACGCCAACGCCUGAGUAUGAUGAUAUGGCUACUUGCACAUAUUGUUCUUUAGCUUUGGAUGGAUGGGAGCCAUCAGAUAAGCCAAUGGACGAACACCUUAGCCGUUCGCCAGAAUGCCCUUUCUUCGCACUUAUCAGAGAUCACAAACCGGGCCCCGCCGCCAAAAGAACCAAAGCAAAGAAAGACAGAAGUUCAAAGAGUUCCAGACUGUCUACCCAAUCAGUUCUUACUACUACCUCGGACGCGCCAUCCCUUCCAGACCUUCCAGCUGAAGAGGAAGAUAGUAUCCUGACAACGGCGACAAACGCAACGGCAACUCAUAGCGAGAAGAAGAUGGGCAAAGGAAAGAAAGCCACUGCCGCGAAGGGAAGAAAAACCAAGGCCAAAAAGAGCGAGCCCAUCGAGGUCGCUGUAGGACCCGAACCUGAGGAUGACGAUUUCGAAGUCAAGGUUGAAAUAGCUACGAAACCUACAAGAGGCAGGAAGAGGAAAAGUGAAGAGAUAAAUGAUUCCACAGCGUCCGCUAUCGAGGUCGAGGAACCACCAGCAAAGAGGAGGACUACACGAACGAGAGGAAGUAUCGCUGUAGAUACUGUUCCUGAUGUGGAAGGGGAUACAAACCAGGCAGUUACAGACGAGGGUUCAAAGUCGAGAGGCAGCCGGACGAGGGGAAGGCCAUCUAGGGCCAGAUCAACCCGUAAAGCAUCAACGGCUACUGUUACUUCGCCGACAGCUCCUGUUCCAAAUGACGAAGAACUAGAUGCAGCACUUCGAGCUGACCUCGACAGACCUUUGACUGAUGAUGAGGAGACACAUGCGGCGACACCUCCACGGAAAGCUACUAGAUCAAGCAAGAUCAUCAAGGCUGACCAUGCCAUGCUCGAGGUCAAACCAGUGGAUAUUGAUGAAGCUGCAAUUGAAGCCGAGCUCGAAGCAAUGGAGGCGGAGUCGAAGCCACUUCCCAAAACGAAGGGCGCCAAAGUCAAGCAACCACGAAAGGCUUCUGCUAAACAACAAGCCGCUGCAAAGAAGGCAGCUGAGGCCGAAAUUAAGGCGCAACAAGCUGUAGAGGAGGAGCCUGAGCAACAGAUUGCGUCUGAGCCUGAGCAACAGAUUGUGUCUGAGCCUGAGCAACAGAUUGCGUCUGAGCCUGAGCAACAGAUUGCGUCUGAGCCUGAGCAACAGAUUGCGUCUGAGCCUGAGCAUAGUAUUUCAAUUCAACAUUCGCCGCCCAUUGACCAUCAAAAGAAACAACAAGCUCCUUCCCCUCAACUACCUCGAGAAUCUCCCGCGCGAGCUCGGUCAUCAACACCGCCACCAAAAGAAAUGACACCAUCUCAGUCACCCCAAUCUUCAGACAUAGAAAACCAGCCUCCCUCCUUGAAGCAAUCGGCCAUUGUCAAUAAGGCGGCCACGCCUCAUUCGAAUACGCCUCAUUCGAAUACGCCUCAUUCGAAUGCGACACGGAUACCCCUCGCAGCCAGUACACCUGUUACGUCUCCAUCUAAACGCAAUGUCAUUGCGUGUCUCCAAAGCGUCAACCCAUGGACUGCUGUGGAUAUCGACGAUAUUUUCCAGGGGCCUCAGGACGAUGAGAACUUAAUGGAGAGGGGGGUUCUGGGAGAUGUGAUUGAAAAGGUGAAAAAUGGUGAGCUAACGAGUCCGGAGAAGAAGAUGACUGUAGAGGAAUGGAUUCAUUACAACGCAGAGAUGGCGGAGGAGAAAUUACGAAACGAAUGUGAGAGGAUGGUGGGGGCUUUUGAGAGGGAGGGAACGAGAGCUAUGAGGGCGUUGGAGGGAAUUGAGUGUAUUGAUUGAGGCAUCAUGGACAUGGCGGUGUUCUGGUUUCGAAGGAUUGGUUAUGGUUUACAAUGCGCUUCGGCGUCUGGGUACGGC